AUGUAUCUAGUACGACAGGGACAGGCUUUUAGAGAUGACGAGACGGCCUCCAGUGAAAACCAAGGCAACUUCCUUGAGUUGGUGAAAAUGUUUGCCCAGUAUGAGAGUGUCAUGAAUCUGCAUUUGGAUGCGGUAAAAAAAAAAAAAGCCUCUCAGAAAAGGGCCCAAGUGUCAUCGUUGUCAAACAGAACCCAGAGUGACAUAAUAAAGGCGUUGGGCACCUACAACAGAAAGGAAAUACGCAAGAAAAUCAAAGAGGCAGAAAUUUAUUCCAUCUUGUUAGACGAAACCACCGAUAUCUCUCAUCAAGAAACAGUCUCAUUUGUUGUGCGAUUCUUACACGAAAUGGAGAUAAAGGAAGGAUUAAUUCAGGUCUGCAACAUAGACUCAACCACAGGCCAAGAUUUGGAAUAUGUAGUUAUCUCUCUUCUCCAAGAGAAUGGCUUAGAGUUGGAUAAUAUGCUUAGCCAGUGCUAUGAUGAGGCAGCCAACAUGAGCGGCAUGUACCAAGGGUCUUCAGACCAGGAUCCGCACACACAAUGA